UUGUGGCCAACACUCUAACACGCUUCCCCUCCCUCUCUCUCUCUCUCUCUCUCUCUCUCCGCAAAGUGCAAACUGAGAAGGGAGCGAGCGAGCAAGGAAUCUGAUUACUGUUUUCUGACUUGUUCGCUCGGCAACGCAUAGAGAGAGAAUCUCUCUCUCCUUUCUCAUUUAUGCUUUUUUCCGUCGAUUCCAGUCUAAUCCAAUCCCAAAUCCGCCAUUGAAAUCCAAUGACUGCGACUGCACUGCAAGCUUCCCUUAUAUUCAAGCCUUUAUCUCUAUCGUCUUCUUUCUCCUCCUCUUCCUCUUCUUCUUCUAAGCGCCGCCUCGGACUUUCUGUGAACCCUCGGGUUUCCCGCCACCUUAGAUUGACUUUCAGCUGCACAUUCCGUCCUGACAAUGUGAAUUCGUCUCCCGACUCUUCCUUAUCCAAUAGCAGUGAUUUGAUUUCGGAUACUAGUUCUGAGAGGCCGGAAAAUACUGGAUUAGUAGUUGAAGAUGGGAGUUCCGGCCAAACUACGAACAAAUUUGAGUCGGACGAGGUGGUGGGGAGUAGCGGAGCUGGGGAAGUGGAAGGAGAGGUCAAAUCUGAGGGUUUGGUGGGAAAUGUGGACGUCAAGAGUAGGCUGCCGAUCGUGGUGUUCUUAAUGGGAUUGUUUGCGAGGUUUAAGACAGGGUUCCAGAGGCUUCUCAAGUCAGAUUUGUUUAAAUGGCUGUUAUUCUGGAAACAGGAGAAGCGGCUGGAGCUUUUGACUGCAGAAGCUGAUGCUAACCCCAAUGAUGCGGCUAAGGAGAGUGCUUUGUUGGCUGAACUCAAUAAGCACAGCCCUGAGUUAGUCAUCAAGCGCUUUGAGGAAAGGACUCAUGCAGUAGACAGUAGAGGAGUUGCAGAAUAUCUCCGAGCCCUUGUGGUCACUAAUGCUAUUGCUGAGUAUGUACCUGAUGAGGAUUCUGGAAAGCCUUCAACUCUACCUUUGUUGUUACAAGAGUUGAAACAGCGUGCUUCAGGGAACCUGGAUGAGGCCAUCCUGAACCCUGGUGUAUCUAAGAAGCAGCCAUUACAUGUUGUCAUGGUUGAUCGUGAUGCAUCAAAUACACCAGGUUUUGUUCAAGAGGUUAUCAACACUAUGAUAUUCAUAGCUUGUGUUGGUUUUAUAUGGUUUAUGAGUACUACUGCUCAUAAAUAUGCUGGUAGCUUAGGUGGUAUUGGUGCUCCAGGGGUUGGUUCAAGCUCAUCUUACUCCCCAAAAGAGUUGAAUAAAGAAAUAAUGCCUGAAAAGAAUGUCAAAACAUUCAAAGAUGUCAAAGGUUGUGACGAUGCUAAACAAGAGCUUGAGGAGGUUGUCGAAUACCUUAAAAAUCCCACUAAAUUCACCAGGCUUGGGGGAAAGUUGCCCAAGGGCAUUCUGUUGACUGGAGCACCAGGAACAGGAAAGACUUUACUUGCGAAGGCUAUUGCUGGAGAAGCGGGGGUACCAUUCUUUUAUAAAGCAGGCUCCGAAUUUGAAGAAAUGUUUGUAGGAGUUGGUGCUCGGCGUGUAAGAUCCUUGUUUCAAGCAGCUAAGAAGAAGGCUCCUUGCAUCAUAUUCAUUGAUGAAAUUGAUGCUAUUGGGUCAACUCGAAAGCAAUGGGAGGGUCAUACAAAGAAAACACUGCAUCAACUACUAGUUGAAAUGGAUGGUUUUGAGCAGAAUGAGGGUAUUAUUUUGAUGGCUGCAACGAACUUGCCAGAUAUACUUGACCCAGCUUUAACAAGGCCGGGUAGGUUUGAUAGACAUAUUGUUGUUCCUAAUCCAGAUGUGCGUGGUCGUCAAGAAAUACUGGAGCUCUAUUUGCAGGACAAACCAGUUGCUACUGAUGUCAAUGCAAAUGCUAUUGCUCGUGGAACACCAGGGUUCAAUGGGGCAGAUCUUGCAAACCUGGUUAAUAUUGCUGCUAUUAAGGCUGCUGUUGAAGGGGCUGAUAAGUUAACUGCAGCACAGCUGGAGUUUGCAAAAGACAGGAUAAUAAUGGGCACCGAAAGGAGGACAAUGUUCCUAUCAGAAGAGUCAAAGAAGCUGACUGCAUAUCAUGAGAGUGGACACGCAAUCGUUGCCUUGAAUACUGAAGGCGCACACCCAAUCCAUAAGGCAACAAUAAUGCCACGUGGAUCAGCCUUGGGAAUGGUUACACAGCUCCCUUCAAACGAUGAGACUUCUAUCAGCAAAAAACAGUUAUUAGCACGCCUUGAUGUAUGUAUGGGAGGAAGAGCCGCAGAGGAGCUUGUCUUUGGUCAAGACCACGUAACAACUGGAGCUAGUAGCGAUCUUCACACUGCUACUGAACUGGCCCAAUACAUGGUAUCGAAUUGUGGGAUGAGCGACACAAUUGGACCAAUUCAUAUCAAAGAGCGGCCAAGUGCGGAAUUGCAAUCACGCAUUGAUGCCGAAGUGGUUAAACUCCUCAGAGAAGCUUAUGAUCGAGUAAAGAACCUGCUAAAGAAGCAUGAGUUGGCAUUACAUACUCUGGCCAAUGCACUUCUUGAGUACGAGACAUUAAGCGCAGAAGAAAUCAAGCGCAUUCUUCGUCCCUAUCGUGAAGGUCGGCUCUCUGAACAACAGCGGCAGCAACAACAACAGGAGGAGGAACUCGCAUUGGUUUAGGUUUGGCUCCCAGUUUCUCGUCUCAAUUUGAAUCCCUAUGAUGUUUGGAUCUUCUCAGCUGCCAGGGGGGCUCCGCGCAGUGCAACGAGGCAAAUAUACUAAUUAUUUUCAAUUAUAUAUAUUUUCUCAAUUAAUUUUAUUUUCUUCUUUUGUAACAUUAUUCAUAACAGUGGUAGUCCCUUGGCAAGCAAUAUCUUUAAGUAGAAGACAGUAAAUAUCUCUUAGCACUUAGUAUUUUGCUUCAUUUACAGCACCCUUUUGGGUUAAAUUUUGGAAUUGUAGUUUUGAAAUCUAAUCUCUUUACAGUAAUCCAUGAAAGCCUAUAGUUCUAGCUUUGAUGAUGAUUACUAUCGCUUUCAAAUGGAAUAUGGCUUCAACGCCCUUUUCUAUCAA